AUGAUAUUUCGCAAACGCCAACACGCCAUUUACCAAGAACCCAAUGUCUUGGAAUCUGUGGCCCAAUAUCACCACUUGUUUCGAUUGCCCAUUCUAUCGUCUCCUACUUUGCCGAGCACGGAACGGCAUCAACUACAAGUAUCCUUGCUUCGAGAAGAAAUUGAAGGACUAAAGACUGCUAUUGUGGAAAGCAAGAGUGAUUUAGUUCCAGCUGCAAACGCCUUUGCUAACUUGCAAUACGCUAUUGGAAGAGCCGUCUUGGAAUUUGGAAUGGGCGGCUUGUUUCUGAGCAUGUUUGAUGAAGUCCAUCGUGCACACAUGUCCAAGAUUUGCAACAGCCGAUCGGAAGCCGAGGCAACUCAACGGUUCCAUCGCAGCAAGAAAGGAAUAGAGAGCGUCAUUGAGACUGUGGUCCCUUCCUUGGGCCCAGAAGACGCCGCCACUCAAUCCAAGUGGCUCGUGCUCCGAUCCAAGGACCACAAGAUGCUGAAAUCUGUCAAAUACGCACCUGCCAACCUGAGUAUCAUUGUGACUCGGGCCAUGGAAGCUGCUGCACAAAGUGCCUCUUCCUCGGACAGCUGUAGCUCGCAUCAAUCGCUGCCACUCUUUUUCCUCAUGGCAUCGCCUGGAGCACUUUCUUCUGCAGCGGAACAUCACGCUGCCUUGAAUGGUUCCAUGGCGCCUUCCACCACGCCAAAGUUGCCAAACAAGGAACGUUGCCAAUGGCGACUCAGCAUUUUGGAAUCGAAACUAAAGGAACUCGAAAACGCCCUGGCCGGAGAGGAAUCCGUCUCGGAUGGCAGUGACGACCACAAGGAGACUUUGAUUCGAGUGGCUCACUGCUUGACCAACAUGCAAUACAGCCUGAGUGCUUCCGUUUUGGAAUUUGGAAUGGCAUCCCUCUUUCAAUCCAUCUUUGAUGAAGUCCAUAGAUCUCGCAUGAGCGAGGCUUGUGAGACGGUGGAAGAAGCUCAAGAGACGAUUCAACACUAUUUGAAAGAACAAGAACGCAAUCAGGAACCAGCACCAUCUGUACCUACUGGAACCAUUAUGGAGAGCCCGGAAGAAGAUGAUGAAGACGAAGAUGACGACUCUGAAUCCUCCGACUACUACUAUCGUCAACAACAGAUUCAGCACGGUGGCAUGAAAUGGCUUGUCUACCAACAAGGAAAGAACAAAGUUCUAAAGUCGGUCAAGCAUACGCCUGCCAACUUGAGUGGUAUUUUGAUCCAAUCUUCCUGCUAG